AUGCAGGCAUUGGCAACAGCAUGCUGUAAUGUUAUUGGAAGGCAAAGAACACAGCUCCAUUCUUUCCUUCCAUUUCCAAAUCAAAUUCGAUCCCUCACCUCUGGUCACCCUCUCCAAACAUUCAAAUCAUAUCCACCUGCGUUUCGACAUCCAAUUCGGGCAAUACAUGAGGCAACCGUGGCGCCUAUGACUAGCAACAAAGAAAAUCAGCCACACCCUCAAAAUUGGAAAAUUAAAAUGCUUUUCGAUGGAGAUUGCCCUCUUUGCAUGCGUGAGGUUAAUAUGCUAAGAGAGAGGAACAAAAGCUAUGGCACCAUAAAGUUUGUUGACAUAAGCUCAGAUGAGUACUCUGCAGAGGAGAAUCAAGGCCUCGACUACAAAACUGUUAUGGGAAGAAUUCAUGCAAUCCUUUCUGAUGGAACCGUGGUUACCGAUGUUCAAGCAUUCCGAAAAUUAUAUGAACAAGUUGGUCUUGGAUGGGUUUAUGCCAUUACUAAAUAUGAACCUAUUGCAACAAUAGCUGAUGCUAUAUACAGUGUGUGGGCUAAAUAUCGUCUGCAAGUUACUGGCCGACCACCUUUGGAGGUAAUCUUGGAUGCGAGAAAGAAGAAGGAUGAAAUAUGUAAUGACAGCAAUGCUUGUAAGAUGUGA